AACAUGUCGCCUAACGAAAGCCUGCUAGCUUAAUGCUAGCAUAUCAUGGGAAACGCCACGGAGGUGGAAACAAAUCCGCAUUGAUGUUACAAUAAUUGUUACCCUUCAAACAAUUGCUUGCAAAUUGAUUGUUCAAAAGUGCGUGUCAAAUUUAUAACCCUUUGUAUGAAUCACUAACCAAGAAGUAACCCUCACGUUCAGAAAGGUUGGUCAACAACCUGCUUUCAAUGUUUCCAGUGAAAACUACUCUUGCGGCGAGUGAUUAGUCACAGUUACUUUUUGAGAUUCAUCAUCCCACUAAUUUGAGGACAAUAGAUGAAUAAUCAGUGUGUUGUCCUCCGCUAGGCCACAGCUCAGAUGGAGGAGAGGCUAGCAGAGUUCAUCCACAACUACUCCCCAGAGAGCGUUCUGCCUCUGGCUGACGGCGUCCUCAGCUUCAUCCAUCACCAGAUAGCCGAGCUGUCUCGAGAUUGCCUGACCAAAUCGCGAGAGGGUCUCAUUACCAGUGUUUACUUCUGUGAACUUCAGGAAAACUUGGAGAAGCUCCUGCAUGACGCGUACGAGCGCUCAGAGAGUUCGGAGCUCACCUUCGUCAUCGAGUUGGUCAAGAAGCUCUUUAUCAUCAUAUCUCGGCCAGCCAGGCUACUGGAGUGCUUGGAAUUUAAUCCGGAAGAGUUCUACCAUCUGUUGGAGGCUGCGGAGGACCACGCCAAGGAGGGCCAGUUGAUGAAGGCAGACAUCCCUCGAUAUAUCAUCAGCCAGCUCGGGCUCACCAGGGACCCCCUGGAAGAUAUCGUGAGUCUUGACAGCUACGACAGCGAAGGUCCGCACACGCCAGAGACGGAUGACUCAACCGAGGGUAAGGGGAGAGUCAUCAAACCACCAAGUGAGGAAGACUUUCAGAGCAUCAAACUCAUCAGCAACGGCGCUUACGGGGCCGUGUAUCUGGUGCGCCACAGGGAGACCCGGCAGCGCUUUGCCAUGAAGAAGAUCAACAAGCAGAAUCUGAUCUUGAGGAACCAAAUACAGCAGGCCUUUGUGGAGAGGGACAUUCUCACCUUUGCAGAGAACCCCUUCGUUGUUUCCAUGUUUUGUUCCUUUGAGACGCGCAGGCACUUGUGCAUGGUGCUGGAGUACGUCGAGGGCGGUGACUGCGCCACCUUGCUGAAGAACAUUGGGGCUCUUCCUUUGGAGCUCGCAAGGAUGUACUUUGCUGAGACCGUUCUGGCCCUGGAGUACUUGCACAACUACGGCAUCGUUCACAGAGACCUGAAGCCAGACAAUCUGUUAAUCACCUCCAUGGGCCACAUCAAGUUGACAGACUUUGGCUUGUCCAAAAUGGGCCUGAUGAGCCUCACCACCAAUCUGUACGAAGGACACAUUGAGAAAGACGCAAGAGAGUUCCUUGAUAAGCAGGUGUGCGGGACCCCUGAGUACAUCGCCCCAGAGGUGAUUCUCCGUCAGGGCUAUGGCAAGCCGGUGGAUUGGUGGGCGAUGGGCAUCAUCCUCUAUGAGUUCCUUGUGGGCUGUGUGCCUUUCUUUGGAGACACUCCUGAGGAGCUAUUUGGACAGGUCAUCACUGAUAAUAUGGUUUGGCCCGAUGGUGAUGAUGCCUUACCUGAGGAGGCCCAAGCCCUCAUCUCGGCCCUUCUGCAGACCAACCCUCUCGUCAGGCUGGGCACAGGUGGAGCGUUUGAAGUGAAGGAGCACCCGUUCUUCACGGAGCUCGACUGGAACAGUUUGCUGCGACAGAAAGCCGAGUUCGUCCCACACCUGGAGUCGGAGGAGGACACCAGCUACUUUGAUGCACGCUCGGAUCGUUACCAUCACAUCAACACGUACGACGGGGAUGACACCAAUGAUGACGAGCCGGUGGAGAUCAGACAAUUUUCCUCCUGCUCCCCUCGAUUCAGCAAGGUGUACAGCAGCAUGGAGCAUCUCUCUCAACUGGAGCAGAAAGCUUCCACUUCCGUAUCCCGUCGGGAGCACAAGGGAGGCUCAAGGGAGGACAAGGUGACUAAGAGAGAGAGCCUGGGAAGCUUCAGCAUGCGGGACAAGAGUUGGAGGACUGGGUCUCCCGAAAUGAAGCGCCUUUCCUGCUCUGAGUCGCUGUACAUGGAGGGCGACGCAAGUCCUCCUUUGGGUGCGCGGCGACGGUUCUCUGCACUGAUGGACACGCAUCGCUUUGCCUCCCCCAUUGAGGGCGAACCGGACUUUGUUUCCAAGCCAACCCCCAUCAGGGUUCGGGGAACCUCCCUGGAUGGGACCGGCGUUCCGUCAACACACCACGGGGAGCCGAGGAACAGUUUAAAAGAGAUCAACGGAGCAGACAAGUCGCCCAAGCAAGGAGAGACUCCCGGUGUUGUGAGCAUUAACACAUUGGGUCCAGCUCCCGCUACAGUCGGUCGCGAUGUGAUGAUGCCUCUGUAUGACCCUCUGGGGGCCCGGGCCACCAAUGACCUGGUCCUCCGGAGGGCGCGCCACCCGCAUUUGUCUGGAGAUGGAGAGAAACGCAACUCCAGAGCUGGAAACAAGGUCAUCAAAUCCGCCUCGGCCACUGCGCUGUCUGUCAUCAUACCAUCUGUGGAGCAGCACGGUGGCUUCUCUCCGUUGGCCAGCCCCAUGUCCCCCCACUCCUUCUCGUCCAAUCCCUCAUCUCGCGACUCUUCACCCAGUCGAGACUUUUUCCCCACUGUCAACGUGCUGCGCUCGCCCAUCACCAUCCAUCGCUCGGGAAAGAAAUACGGCUUCACCCUUCGGGCCAUUCGGGUUUACAUUGGAGACAGCGAUAUCUACAGCGUGCAUCAUAUCGUCUGGCAUGUGGAGGAAGGUGGUCCGGCCCAAGAAGCCGGUCUGUGUGCAGGUGACCUCAUCACUCAUGUGAACGGUGAGCCGGUCCACGGUCUGGUCCACACUGAGGUGGUUGAGCUUAUCCUCAAGAGCGGCAACAAGGUGACGGUAACGACCACACCGUUCGAGAACACUUCCAUUAAAGUGGGUCCUGCCCGCAAGGCCAGUUAUAAGUGUAAGAUGGCCCGGAGGCACAAGAGGACCAUGGGCAAGGACGGCCAGGACAGUAAAAAGCGAAGCUCGCUGUUCCGCAAGAUCACCAAGCAGUCCAAUCUCCUCCACACCAGCCGCAGUUUAUCCUCUUUGAACCGCUCGCUGUCCUCUAGCGAGAGUCUUCCCGGCUCGCCGACUCACAGCCUCUCUGCCCGGUCCCCAACUCAGGGGUACCGUUCCUCAGCUGAGCCAUCGUACCUGGGCGCUUCAUCUCAAAGCAGCUCUCCAGCCUCUAGCACUCCAAACUCCCCGGCGCCUUCCCAGCACAUGCGGCCCAGUUCCCUCCACGGCCUCUCCCCCAAACUCCACCGACAGUACCGCUCUGCCCGUUGCAAGUCUGCCGGCAACAUCCCCCUCUCCCCACUGGCCCACACCCCGUCUCCCACCCAGUCCUCCCCUCCUCCCUUACCGGGCCACACUGUGGGAAGUUCCAACACCACUCAGUCCUUCCCUGUCAAGCUCCACUCAUCACCCCCAGUGGUCCGUCCCAGGCCAAAGAGCGCAGAGCCCCCACGCUCGCCCCUUCUGAAACGCGUACAGUCUGCAGAGAAGCUCGGCUCGCCUUUGACCCAGUCCAGUGCGACAGGAGGACUCGGGGGUCCAUUGAGGAAGCACAGCCUUGAAGUGCAACAUUCUGAGUACCGCAAGGAUGCCUUCCUGUGUGAACUUGGCCUCCAGAGUCUGCUGGAGACAGAUGGUGAGAGCUUGCCACCUCAUCCUCCACCCCUGCCGUGCUCCUCGUCUUCCACGGGCUCGGAGACUCGUGUGCUGAAGCCUGUGAGGAGAUUAGGCAGGCAAGAGUCGCCGCUCAGCAGGGAGACGCUGCUGGCUGGCAGAGAGAGGGAAGAGAAGGAAAGGGGAAGGGAGCGAGAACGGGAGGUCGGAAGCGAGUCGGUCCUGGAGCGAUUGAGCCGGGUUGAAGCAGCAGCGCUCCAAACAUCCUUGACGAGAAGGCAUCAUGCAGAGCCCUUGAGUUCAAGACCAAGUGGAGAAACCACGACUACAGCUACAAGCAAUUCGACCAAAACAGUGGAAAGUCUAGAUGGGCACAAGAGGUCAGAGAAGAUCACCCAGCGCCCAACUCCGAAGCAACUGGACCUCAAAGCAGCCAAAGGUUGUAAAUCACCUCAAGAGCACCUUGGGGGAAGUGGAAGAGAACCAAAGCAGGAGGGAGACACUAAUAAUGGUCCUUGUUUACGGAAGAACUCUGCCGCUACUCCUGACAAAGUCAUUAACGCUACACUUAUCGGUAGUCCACUGGCUUUGCGGAAAGCGUUUAAACCCUCAGGUAUGGGGGACAGCUUGAGAAAAGCUGAGAGCAGUGACUCAAGAACUUCAGACCUGAGCUCCAAGAGCCCCAAACUGCCUGCUCGGAUCCUUGCCCCUGUGGUCCCACCGCACGGGGCGCAAUUGAGUCUGGGUAAAGUCAGACAGGGUCUGGGGCCUGUCAACUGCUAUCGUGGAACCCUGGACUGGGAGGACAAAUGUCGCCUGGAGGUUCUGGAGGAGCAUUCUCCUUCUCCUUCCCCCUCCCCGACCGCGGUGACCCCUUCCCUCUGCGGACCGUCGCUGUGCAAGUCACGGCCCGUCUCCCCCGGCGACAAGACGAGCUUCGUCAGCCAGCUGACUACCGUGGCCAAGAACGUGCUGGGCCCAAUCAAGCUGGGCUCCCAGGAGGGUUCCAGGAGCAAAGAGCAGCAGACCAAGGCGGCAGACGACAAGCAGGCGGCCACAGCUGGAAGAUCUGACACGGCAGGAGGUAGUCGGGGCCUUGUGGCCGUGGUGACGCAAAGCCCUGCAAGCUCAUCCCUAGAGAAGGCAGCCCAACCAAAAUGUGAUCCCUAAGCGGAACUGAAACCACAAACUAUAAUGCCUUCAUUGGAUGAACAAUGCAACACAAGUCAAGCACUUAGAACGUUGUACAUUCCAAUUUUAGAGCUUAUCAAAUCUUAUUUAUUGAUUCCAAUCAUUACCUUCCACCGGGAUGAGAAAAAUCCACUAUAAAGGUGCAUUAUCUUUGGAUUAUUUUAAUAAGAAGAUUCUUCACGUAUUGUGGAACACUUUAUCAGAUGUCUUUAUGUGUGAGUCCAUGUGGAUGCAUGUUCCUAUGGUAUGUACUGUACAUGUAAAAGUAGGUAUCAGAAGGUCGCAAAGUGCUUUAGUCAUCAAAACUGUGAAGACCAAAUUUAGUGGCUCUGUUUUGUUGUAAAUUGUGGCACAGUCACUCUGGAAUGUUUGCAUCAAACAACAUGCGAGAGAUGACGAGGCUCGUUUAUUCUGCAUGCGGCUGUUUAUUUUGGCCCAGCGGAUGGCGCUGUCAGCGGGUGUCAAGUCUCACGCUUCAGUGUGUGUGUGUGUGUGUGUGUGUGAGUGAGUGAGUGAGUGAGUGAGUGAGUGAGUGAG